AUGGUUUCCACAUGGUCAUUACUAAAGACCUUAUUGGUACCAGCAAUCAUUUCACUUAUUCUUUACCUCCUGAUAUCAUUCGUCAUCGUUCCAGUAUGGAAACGUUAUCGAGCGCGAGCUGGUCAAUACCUCCCAUUAGAUACUAUCUCAACGCGAACUACAGGUUUACGACAACGAGCACAAGCUGCAGUGGUUAGAUCAAUAUUUCCAAAUUCAUGGAGAGCGGACUUCAAUCGAAAUCGAAUAAGCGCACAGGAUAGUGUUGAUUUUGAUGAUGAGGAUGGCGAGGAACUUUUCGAUGUGGAUGAUAAUCGACGAGAAGCAUUAUCGCUUGAUGCACGAAGAGGCAGACAUGAAGAUGGUGGAAGAUUAAGUCGAGAUUUAGAAGAAGGGUUUAAGGACGACAGUAGUGAUGAAGACGAUAGAACGGAUAGACGCUUGAGUGGAGUGAUAACGCGAUGA